AUCCUGAAACCUCAUUAUCUCAUUUAGCGCGUAUAGCUGAUAGAAUAAUGGAAAGAGGUCCUCCAACUGGAUCACGCGCAAUAAAUCACACACAGAAGGUAGAAUCAGCAAAAGACCCCGUCAUAGAAGGACUCAUUGCGAGUGUUAAGAGUCUCACUGAGGCUGUCACCAGAAUGCAAAUGGGUCAUACAAACAGUAGCAGGUCACCACAACGAUCACGAUCCAAGUCACAAAAUAGGUCACAAAUGUCCAGACAAUCUGGGCAGUUUUGUUGGUACCACUGGAAGUUUGGUGUCAACUCAACCAAGUGCAGGCAACCAUGCGCCUGGCCUAAGCAUAAUUCCAAGACAGCGGGAAACGAGUAACCCCUCCCCAGGUCGCGACAACUGAGGAGGGGCGCCUAAACAGUCGCUUGUUUUAUGUCAGAGACAGAAACUCGGGCUUGAAUUUCUUGGUGGA